AUGGCCAGCGGAAGGGCUUGGUCUCCCGGACAGAAGCCAACUUUUGUGAUAAAGUUCCUUUCCGAACCCAAGCUAUGCGUCAUUCGGAUGGUCAAGGCACAGUUUGAGUCGAUGGAACCACGGCGGUUUCGCAUCAACAAGAAGAUUCUCCAGGGGCCUCCAUCUCCGCCGGCACCGGUGCUUCACUCGCCGACGCUGAGGAACCUCCCAGGAAGCAGUGGUGGCGAACAAACCGAACCUGACCAGGAGGACGAUCGAGAAAGGGAAGAGUUGGCAAUGAAAAUUGGCCUGACGGAAGCACGGAUACAGGUCUGGUUCCAGAACCGUCGGGCCAAGUGGCGCAAGCAGGAGAAGGUCGGUCCGCAGGGCCAUCCGUACAAUCCGUACCUGACCGCCGGCGGGCAAGUUCCGUCGGCAACGGUCGUCGCACCGUCGCUACCUCCGAAUCCGUUCACCCAUCUGGGCUUCAACCUGAGGAAACCGUUCGACGCGGCCAGUUUGGCUGCGUUCCGCUACCCGACGCUAGGUGGCGGGCACGUGCUUCCGUCGGCCUACUUCAACCAGUUCCACAGGACUCCUCCACCGCCGCUGCUUCCGCCGGGCAUCGGUGCCAUGUACACUCCGUCGGCAUCCUUCCAGACGUUACUGGCGAACAUUUCCGCGGCCCAGCGAGCCCCGCCGGUGAUGCCCUCGAAGCCAUCCCCGCCCGGUGGCAGCGUAGUGACCAGCUCGGACUACCUGUCCCCGGUGGGGGGACCUCCACCUCCGGCCAGUUUACCGACGCCGGCCUCACCGCCGGUUUCGCCCACCUCAGUGCCAGUAGUUCCUGCCGGAGUUCCGGCGCCCGGCUCGACGACGCCUCCCCAGGACCGGCGCAGCUCUUCGAUCGCGGCCCUCCGGUUGAAGGCCCGCGAGCACGAGCUGCGGCUCGAGAUGCUCCGCCAGAACGGCCACAGUGAUAUCAUUAGCUAAGACACUCCCGAUUCCUUACAGUGUGUUCUUUGAUAUAGCAACAUAACCUAAAAGUGAGGUUAUGCGAACGCAUGCAUUCCUUUCCGUACUAUAAACGCACUAACCUACAACAAACAAUAGUCAUAACCUUAAAACUGCAGUAACCUAACCUACUUUACUCAACUAUUCAUCCAUACCGCAAUCCGCAUUUAGUCAGAGCAAUUCCAACCCUGCGUUUGACGUUUAUGACCUUGACCUGAUCAACAUUUAUAACCCUAGAGGUGGGCAACUGUCAAACGCAGGGUUGCACCAAUAAACACCAAUACAAGCAAAACAAACAGCGCGACCACAACCUCAUCAACCGACCAGUGUUGCCAAGGUCAUUGCAAUCUUCGGACUAAGCGUGCGUGUGCGUUGCAAACGCCCAAAGAGUCGCUCCCAGUCUUCGUCCACCGUACUCGUUUCGUCUGUUUAAUUAAUCGAGUCCUCAUCACGCGUGAGCAACAACAACAACAACACUCAGCAGUGCCGAAGGGAAUCACGGUAGCGGUCGUCAUUGACAACCCGUAAAUUUAACCUGAUUUCUACUCGGGCUGCCUCGAUCACCGUGUGUGUGUGUUUGUGCGCUUCAUCACCAUUUGUCAUUGACAGUUUCGCAGCAGAAAUAUGAAAUCUCUGCGAAGGCAGCUCAAAAAAAAAAUUAAUGAAAUGAAAAACGCUACCAUGUCACGCAAAGUAGUGCAGACAGACGGACACGGUCAGGGACAGGGUUUGGGACCCUUCGGCCAUGUUGACGGAGUCUGUUUGUGGGAUUUUAGGAGGGAGAGGGAGAGAGAUAGAGAAUCAGCAAACAGUUGAUCCUGCCGCGGGGGUGAGCAGAGCAGAGAGCAAAAGAGUGGAUUUGAUUUUUAAUAAAAAAAAAAGAAUAUGGAAAUUUGGGAACACUGCACAGAGCUGUUAAAUAACUUUGUGCGUUGAAAUUUUGUAUGACUGAUUUGUUUUUAUUAGAGAUAAUAAUAUCUUAAACUUAUCAUAUCAACAGUUCAUGUGCAGAUAUGUUUUUUUAAAUUACUUUGUUGAAUACUAAACUUCACAUGGUUUAAACAAAAAAAAAUUAUUGACACGAAACCAAUUAUUUCGAAGCUGUGCAAAUUAAAAUAUGUUUAUAAAUCACUUAUUCUUGUUUUUUUUUUUUUUUCGUUUUAUUUGAGGAUAUUGUUGAAAUCUAAAUUGAAAGUUCGGUUUUCAAAAUAUUCAAGCAGAUAAAAAAAAUUAAGCAUGAUUACAGUUACGCUUCUAUCAGAACUUUACAAAAUAG